GUUUGACUAAACCUAAUAUGACUGACAAGCUAUUCCUAAAUUGAGAAACAGUUGAUCCAGUGGCGAGACUGUUGAGGCCAAAACCUUCUUCCCCCAUUUCAAGGCCCGGCAGUAUGUCUCAAUUCUCAGCUGAGGAUGAGGCUGAACUGCAGUCCCUGUUGAAGCAGCUACUCAGAAGUAUCAAAGAUAGGAUCUCUGGUGCUCCUUCGAUUGAAUGUGCUGAAGAGAUCCUACUUCACUUGGAGGAGACUGACAAGAACUUCCACAAUUAUGAGUUGGUCAGGUACCUUCGUCAGUAUGUGGAGAGCUCACUCGGUGCAGUAGUGGAGGAGGAGACAGAGAAUUAUGCCAGAAGAGUGGGACAGGCUAUUGGCUCAGGUCAUGACACCCUUAUCCACACUGUUACCAGAAGGACCAGAGAAUCAGCUGAAUACAAGCAGAUGAUGCAGACACUGAAGAAUACCAUGAUAGUGGUGGUUGAGGCACUAAUCAACAAAUUUGAGGAGGACCAGCUGAAGAAGGAGGAGAUGCACAGAGACAAACAUCAAGGACCAUCCGACAGUCACUACUAUACUGACAACUGCUCUGACAGUGACUCUUCUUUCAACCAGAGUUAUGCAUUCAUCAAGCAAGAACAACUACAAGCCUUGGCUGAGAAACUCGACUCAAGCAGACCCAAAGAGGUGCGAUGGGAAGCACUGCAGGCCCUGUGCUGUGCCCCUCCUGCUGAUGUGCUGAGCUGUGAGAGCUGGAGCAGCCUGUGCAGGAAUCUCUCUGUUGCCCUGUGUGACCCAGACCCUGACAUUAGUGAAAAGGUACUUCAGUUUUUUGCAAAAACCUUCUCCUCAUCUCCACUGAAUGUGACCCGAGAGAUCUACACCACUUUGGCUAAAAGUGUGGAGUCUAAUUUCCUAUCCUAUAAGCUGGGUUUCCCGACUGGCUCUAAACGGAUUGACAUAAACAGUCCUGAUAUCAGUCGUCUUCUCAAACAGAUGCGAUUGAUGAAUGACUUCCAAAAAGAAGUGACAACAUUUUGGAUUCGUCACCCAGAGAAAUAUAUGGAGGAAAUUAUCGAGAGUACUUUCUCUCUGCUGUCAUUGCAUGCUGAACAUGGCUUAGUGUCACCGGGGAAUGAAAAACCCCUGGAGCCCAUUCACCUUCUAGCCUUACUCGAUAUCAAAGCUAUUUGGUUUAAAAAGUGGAUGCAUGGGUACUACAGCAGGACUGUGGUUUUCAGACUUUUGCACAGAAAAUACAAGUCUCUGACUGCAGCGGCCCUACAGAGGUGCAUUCAGUACAGCAAGUCUCAUGAAGGUGUCGUAGCUGAGACAAAUGAUGUGACCCACCCAAUGGAGCAACUAAACACCUGCUCAGUCCAGAGGAGUACUUACACAGGGAAGGAGAUGGAGUAUGCCGUCUUUGUCCACUCAAUGUGUGUUCUUGGGAAACUGCUCCUUUACAGCAGUGGAAGAAAUCUCUUCCCUAUCAAAGUCCUGAACAGCAAAGAUCCCGUCGGCCUCACAGACCUGGUAGUCACCCUGAUUAACAUCAUGUACCAACACCCCGAGCCCUCACAUGGCGAAACCUCACUCACAGACUCCCUGUCCCCCAGUGGUCUAGUGAUGGAGGUGCUGUGGACGCUGUGUGAGAGGACUGAGUGUGCAAUAGAAUGUGUCUACCAGACCCCUGUCAUACAGGCGCUGCUAGCUCCUGUUGUAACCCUGCUCAACGAACAGCAGGUCAAAUUAAAGUCUCCUGCUGCAACGUUGACUCAUAUAGCGGACGCUUUGGCUCAUAUUGCUAACACUGACAGAGGCUUAGCUCUUUUCUUAUAUGAGAAGAAUCUAGUUGCAGCUCAAGGGGAAGGGACCCUUGCUGCCCAUGUCAUUGUGCAGUUCACCCAGAGGUUGCUGGAAAAGGAUCUCCCUUCACUACAAGAGUCAGAAAUGUCCCCUGCAGUGUGUGGGGCCUUCAUCUUCGUCUGCCGGCAGAUAUACAACACUUGUGAGGGCUUGCAGAUUCUUCAGCCCUAUGGCCUGCACAAUUCUAUAGCCACGGUAUGGAAAAAGACUAGUUUCAAAUCGGAAAGGAUCCCAACCCCAAUUCCAGGAGCUGUUGCUGGAACAUCCUCUAAGGAGCUGCAGAACAUGCUGAUCUGGGAAGAGACAUUGUUGGACAGCUUGUUGACCUUUGCUGCUACCCCUAGAGGCUUGCUACUGCUUCAGCAGACCGGAGCUAUCAACGAAUGUGUCUCCUACAUGUUCUCUCGUUUCACCAAGAAACUUCAGGUUAGCCGCUGUGAGAAGUUUGGUUAUGGGGUGAUGGUGACUCAGGUGGCAGCUACCGCUCCUGGUGUGGCAGCCCUGCACAGUUCAGGUUACGUCCAAGCGCUGGUGGUUGAGCUUUGGUCAGCUCUGGAGUGUGGCAGAGAGGAUGCAAGGGUUGUCCAUCCCAAAUCUACACCCAUGGACCCCAUAGACAAGAGCUGCCUAAAGUCUUUCCUGUCCCUUGUCAAUCUCCUUUCGUCUCCUCAGUCGGUGAAAAAGCUGCUGGGACAACAGCCUCUCCCUAACAAGAGUGAAUACACCUUGCGAGAGAUUCCCACCUCCAUACUGGACUUGAUUGACAGGUUGAUUGCUGUGAAUUCUGAUGCCAAGAUUCAUUCUCUCUUCAACUAUGAGCAGUCUCACACGUUUGGCCUGAGGCUGCUGAGUGUGUUGUGCUGUAAUUUGGACUCCUUUCUCUUGCUGGAGAGCCAGUACAGCAUCUGCUCCAUGCUGCUUCAAUGUCAGAGGGACAACAUCACUGAGCCAUCAAGUGGGAAGGGAGAGUUCAUCGUGGAUGAUCUGUCGGUGGAGAGGAACCAUGUGCUGGUGCGUGUGAGUGCAGUGGGCGGCCCAUCUGAGAGGAGGCUGCCCUCCCGAUCGCUGCAGGAGGGAGCUAAUCCUUACCCCUGGCCCAUGUUCUCCUGCUACCCUCUACCUGAAUGCUACAUCUUGAAUACAUCCAAGACCAGCCACAGCCAACAGGACUCUGAGAUCAGAGCGUUUUUGGCAUCAUCCAAAGAAACAGAGAAGGAUGGGAACUGGAUGGACACUUGCCGGAGACAGUACUGCAAAGUCAUGACCACCAAGCCCAAUGUUCUCACAGGGCCUGUGCUGUCUGACCUCCUGGAGAAGGUGUUGGCCCAUCUAUCUAGUUCUGCCACAGAGCGCUACUUCUCACCUGCUCAGUAUAAAGCACAGCAGAGGAGUGUAAAGGAUGUCGUGCUAUCCCCCAUUCAACAGCAUGGUGUCCACGUCUGUCUGAGAUACGGCAGAAACCUGAGGCUACUUAAGGAAGACUCUGAGCAAGGCCUGACUCUUCUGCUGAAGCACACUCAGCUCUUCCUCUCCACACAAAGCAUCAAUGGAGCUUCAAAAAUCACUUCUUCACAAGAUGGCUACCCGGGCCAUGACUGGCUGACAUCUACAGUUUUCCUUAUUAUGGCUGGAGAUAUGGACAGGUGUCUUCAUUUGUUACUCAAUCUGUCCUCUCUGCUCACCUCAGCAUUUAUAUGGCCAGCAAGAAUACACGCCUCUAUCCACAUUCCAGUGGAGGUUGCCUGGUCAGGAAUCCCUCCCAUCUACUGGUGUACGGCUCACUUUGUGGAGAUGUUGCUGAAGGCGGAGGUCCCUCUCGUCCACUCUGCUUUCAGAAUGUCUGGAUUCACCCCAUCCCAGAUGUGCCUUCAGUGGUUGGGCCAGUGUUUCUGGAACUACCUGGACUGGCAGGAAAUAUGUCACUACAUCUCUACCUGCGUGGUGAUGGGGCCUGACUACCAGGUCUACAUGUGCGUCGCUGUCUUGAAGCACCUGCAACCUGACAUACUUCAGCACACACAGUCCCAGGAGCUGCAGGUCUUCCUCAAGGAGGAGCCUAUCCAGGGCUUCAAGGUGAGUAACUAUCUGGAGUACAUGGAGGGGUUGGAGCGCGCUUACCGGAAAACAGUCCUCACCGACAUGAAAACCAUCCGUGACUCCGUAGCGUAG